CGACUCUGGACGACCGGCCAGGGUGAGAGACGGUGAUGGUGAAAAGACUGUCUCUUGCAAACUAAUUCACAUUCGACCAUCUACCCUCUACCAUCCUAUAUCCUCUGACGCGAAUCCACCAUGUCUACCUCAGUCCUCAACCAUUCAUCGUCCGACCCGGCCUCUACACUGCAAGCUGCGCAGCAAGCCUCAACGAUCCUGGCAAGAGCAUCCUCUGUCAGCACCACGUUCCCCGCCUCACUUUUGAAUACGGCCGACACCCCGGAACUAUGGGCUGACUUGGAACGCAUGUUGUUUGCCUGUCUCCGGACGGGCGACGACAAGUCAGCAUUCUUGUGCCUGGAAAAGUUGACAGAACGAUUUGGGCCUGACAACGAGAAAAUUAUGGGAUUGAGAGGCUUAUACCAGGAAGCCGUGGCGCCGAAUGAUGAGGCACUCCAAGAAAUCCUGAGUGACUACAACAAGAUCUUGUCAGAAAAUCCAAUGAACGUCCCGAUCCACAAACGAAGAACAGCUUUGAUCAAGUCAUUGGGGCGACAGGAGCAGGCCAUUUCAAACCUAGUUGAUUUCCUGGAUGCCUUUCCCACCGAUGUCGAGGCAUGGGCCGAGUUGAGCGAGCUGUACUUCUCCCAAGGACUCCUUCCUCAGGCCAUCUUCUCGUUGGAAGAAGCCGUCAUUAUGACACCCAAUGCAUGGAACCUGCACGCACGACUGGGCGAACUCGAGUACCUCCUAGGUCUGUCAUUGGACGGCGCCGAAGCACAGAAGCACCUGAUGCAGGCAGUGCAGCGUUUUAGCAGAAGCAUAGAACUAUGUGAUGACCAUUUGCGAGGAUUCUAUGGUCUCAAGCUUGCUUGUGCACGGCUACUGCAGAAAGGCGGGUCACAAAAAGGCUCUACGACUCCGACAAUAUCGCAGGGAAAAAUUGAAAAAUUGAACGCCUUAGCAUCCUCGAAGCUCGAGGCUCUUGUGAAGGAGCGAUUAAAUGGCAACGGGUCAAAGGCGGGCCAGCCAGAACUUGUUGCUGCGCAAGAGUUGCUGUCCAAAUCGGACAAAUAAGCCUGGACAAUGAAGCGAAGAGCCGCAUUUUACAAUAGUUAGGCUGGUGAAGCUAGCCGUUGUACCUGACCACGUCCACAAUUUACGGCGCCUCUCAGGGGACUCUGUGUCUGAGGCUUCCAAGAGGAAAUCCCGCCGAGCAGGUACCUGCAGCGCUUACCGCCUACACUGGAAACUAGAGCAUUGCAGGUCUUGCACGAUGCGGCGGAAUUUGCUUGAUGUCAUGUCCGACAGUUAGCUGGGCUGUGUUGGGCAGCAGUUUCCCCAGCUUCCCACAAUUGGCGCCGUGAAGACGUGGCAGUUUCUUUGAGGGUGCCCCGGCUGUCAGACUACCCAAUGUUGGACGAAUGGGAUGGAACCACGAGUGAGUCUGUGGAUCAUAUCCAUGUUGGUUGCCCGCUCACAAAGGUCCGGCGAGGCUUGUUUCCAGUGCGUGCACCAGCGCCACGAGGUCAGUGAAGCGUGGAUUUCCUUCGAUCGGUGGAGUUUGGGACUUGUUGUGGACGGUGUCAUGGUGAGCAAGCGCAAUGCUCGUGGGCUGGGCGGUGCAAGUCGAGCUUUGAUUAGCUGGUGAAAGGAUGUUGGGAAGUUAAUGACAUGGCAUUUUCCAAUGACGAAGAAGUUAAAGAAGAUGAAGAGUCAUUUAUAUAGAUGAGUGCUUGCAGCAUGGCCUCAACAUGGCCUCAACAUGGCCGCAGCAUCGACCAGCAUCACGCACUUUUAGGCGGAGCACGCCGAAGUAGAUUCAUGGCCCGGCUAUGACCCAGGAAUUCGAGCCAAGGCAUAUCGAGUUACUUUUCAAAGCCAUGCUGCCUGGAGUUUCAAUGUCUCUUACUCGUCAACAUCAGCAUAGACAGAAGAAACCUGCGUGGAAGAAGCGCUUACCAGAUCCACCCGUCCGGGCCAG